AUGAUCGGACCAACCAGAGCUGUUGGUAAGACAUGUCUUCUCAUCAGUUACACCACAAAUGCUUUCCCUGGAGAAUACAUUCCCACUGUGUUUGAUAAUUACUCUGCCAAUGUGAUGGUUGAUGGUCGUCCAGUGAACUUAGGAUUAUGGGAUACUGCUGGUCAGGAAGAUUAUGACAGGCUGAGACCACUCUCAUACCCCCAAACAGAUGUAUUUCUCAUCUGCUUUUCACUGGUGAGCCCUGCAUCUUGUGAAAAUGCGCGAGACAAGUGGCAUCCAGAAGUUAGCCAUCAUUGUCCCAACACACCUAUCAUUUUAGUGGGAACCAAGUUGGAUCUUCGGGAAGAUAAAGAGACGGUUGAUAAGCUAGCCCAAAGGAGACUCAGACCCAUCACAUACGCCUUGGGUCUGCAGAUAAUGAAGGAGAUCAAUGGUGUCAAGUACUUGGAAUGCUCUGCUCUCACUCAAAAAGGCCUCAAGACAGUGUUUGAUGAAGCCAUCAGAGCGGUACUUUGUCCAGAUCAACAUAAGAAGAAGAAGAAGAAGGGCAAGAGUUGUAAAUUAAUCUGAAGAUAUACAAGGUUGUCUUCAUACCGCAUUUUGAGUUCUUAUACAUACAUACUUCUGGCAUAAGCGUUAUAUGCGCCAGGAAACAUCACUUCAAGUGAAAUAAUUAUUUUUCUACUUGAGAAAAAUUAUGUCAUUUUGAUCAAAGGGUUUUAACAAAAAUAUUUGUGGCAUCAAGAGGUGUUACCUCCUCCAUACAGCAAACUCUGUACUUAUUCUUCUUUGUACUUUAUAUUUAAUUUUGGGGAUUACAAUUUCUGUUUCGUAAUGUAAUUUCAUUCUUCCAUUAUUCUUUCUUUGGUUUUUGAUGUAUUAUUACCGAUAUUUUGUAUUAUUGAAUUUGAAAGGAAAGCAAGUUAUGGCUGAUUUGUUUGCCAUUUUUCUUCUGUAUUCUUCUGUAUUAUGAUCAAAUACGAAUUACUGAAAAGAAAGCUUCAUGCGUUAUACGUAAUGUUUGCACUUUUUGUAAUGUCUGGUCAACUAUUGAAUUUGUAUACCUUUUGAUAUUGGGGUUUGUGCGGCUAAACUUACAUUGAAAACAAAUAUUAGAUAUUUCACCUGAAUAUUAUCUUGUUGAAUUUGAACACUAUGCUAUUAUAAGAAAAUGUAAUAAUUAAUAAUGUAACUAUAAAGGGAAAUAAAAGGUAAAUUAUGA